AUGUGUCCACCUCUGAACCAGUCAGGUGCCAAGGGAUUAGAGGAUACCGAUUGGCCGGGACUGGGUCAUAUGACCACCCUUGGCUAUGAGGAAACGCACAAGAUCUACAAGCAGAAGCUGGAGGAGCUGACCGCCCUGCAGACUUUGUGUAGCGGCUCCAUCAAUAAGCAGAAGAAGCGCCUGAAGGACUUGAAGUUCACACUCCAGAGAUGUCUCCAGACAUUGCCAAGUGAGGAGGCGGAGCUUGUUCAGCAGCUGGGUGCCAACAUCAAGGAACGGCAGAACGUCUUCUUUGACAUGGAGGCGUACCUGCCCAAGAAGAAUGGGCUCUACUUAAAUCUGGUCCUGGGCAACGUGAAUGUGACCCUUCUCAGCAACCAGGCCAAGUUUGCCUACAAGGAUGAGUAUGAGAAGUUCAAGCUCUACCUGACGAUCAUCCUACUCCUUGGUGCUGUGGCAUGUCGAUUUGUCCUUCACUACAGGGUGACGGACGAAAUCUUUAACUUCCUGCUAGUGUGGUAUUACUGCACCCUGACGAUACGGGAGAGCAUUCUUAUCAGCAAUGGCUCGAGGAUCAAAGGCUGGUGGGUAUCUCACCACUAUGUGUCCACGUUCCUGUCAGGAGUGAUGCUGACUUGGCCCAACGGACUCAUUUACCAGAAGUUUCGCAAUCAGUUCUUAGCGUUUUCCAUUUUUCAGAGCUGCGUGCAGUUCCUACAAUAUUACUACCAGAGGGGCUGCCUGUACCGGCUGCGUGCCCUGGGAGAGCGGAAUCACCUGGACCUCACGGUGGAAGGAUUCCAGUCCUGGAUGUGGGUGUUUGUCCUGGCGCUGACGUUUCUCGUCCUCUUCCUUGGCAACUUUCUGACCACACUUAAAGUCGUGCACGCCAAACUCCAGAAGAACAGAAAUAAGACAGAGAAGCCCUGA